UUUUUGUAACUGGCAAUAUAAAGAAACUUGAAGAGGUUCAAGCUAUUCUCGGAACAACGGUUGAGCUGAUUCAUCAUAAACUUGAUUUGACUGAAAUACAGGGUACAAGUCGUGAAGUUUCUGCAGAUAAAUGUCGACGCGCCUCUAUUGAGCUAAAUGGGCCUGUCAUAACUGAGGAUACUUGCCUUUGCUUUAACGCUUUGGAAGGACUCCCGGGACCAUACAUGUUAGUUUUUGAAGCUUUAGUUCUAUUUAUACAGUCAUUAUAUAUUUAA